AUGGAUUCUUCAACAACGAAACCAAAAAACCAACGUGCUACGCACGAACAAUUAGAAACUUACGUUUCAUUUUGCCGGACGCAUCCGGAAAUCGGUAGAGGAAAAAAUACGCCAAAACCACCUCGACAAAUGCAGGAUUUGUGGCGGCAGCUGGCGGAGCAGUUAAUUGCGUGCAGAGGGCCAUCUCGUACUGCAGCUAAGUGGAAAGAGACAAUGGGUGUUUGGAAGAGCCAACUACGUACGCGGGCAAGGCGCUUAAAAAUGAAGCAGAGGCUUACUGGAGGAGGGCCCUGUGGCAAGCCGUUGACCGAUUUCGAGCAAAAAUCUUUGGAAGCUUUUGGAUCAGUAGCUGUGAAUGGAGUGGAAACUAUUGAAAGCUUUGGUUUAGGGCUGCCGCGAAAACAAUUUGUAGAAUCGUCGAUAAUUGAGUGUCCAAUAUCAUCUACUGAAAGUAGACUGCCUAGUUCAGCACCACUGCCAAGCCUAUUAUUGUCGCCAACGCCACUACCUUCGCCAAACCCACUACCAUCGUCAAACCCACUACCAUCGCCAGGCCCACUACCAUCGCCAAACCCACUGCCAUCGCCAAACCCACUACCAUCGCCAAAUUCAGCACAAUCUCCAUAUGAUUCACCGUUAUUUAGCCCGGAUAAUCAGGUAUGUAAUUUCUAUUUUAUUCUACAAUGUAUCCAAGUACAUAAACCCCUGGCCACUGGUUAA